CCAGGGACCAAUGGAUACCAGGGACCGGUUAAUACCGGAUACUGGGGACCAAUGGAUACACGGGACCGGUUCAAACUUGAUACGUGGGACCAGACAGGAUACCCGGGACCGGACACAACCGGAUACUGGGAACCAGUCAGGAUACCCGGGGGAUACUCGGGACCGAAUACAAACCGGAUACUGGGGACCAAUGGAUACCAGGGACCGGAUACUGGGGACCAGUCAGGAUACCGGGACCGGUCACAACCGGAUACUGGAACCAGCCAGGAUACCCGGGGGUCGGAUACCAGGAACCAAUGGAUACUCGGGACCGAAUACAAACCGGAUACUGGGGACCAAAGAUACCAGGGACCUAUUCCAUUUAUGA